AUGACGGAAAAGGGUAAUAAUGAUGCGGUGCCGAUAGUCACCGAGCAAAUGAAAGAGGUGAUUGCCGAAGAGGUAGGAAAGGCAAUCGAGAAUAGUCUAUCCGGUUUUAUAGACAAAAUCCAGAAUACAGUGCUUUCGUUAGUUGAGGAACGGGUUAAAAGGUUGGAAGACAAUGUCAACCUUGUGAAAGAAAAAUCUGGAGAACGUAAGGGUUGUUCAUACAAGGAGUUUAUGGCGUGUAAACCACCAAUUUACAACGGGGAAGUUGACCCGAUAAUAUGCCAAAGAUGGCUAAGUGAUAUUGAGGGAGUGUUUGAAAGGACCCAUUGUGACGUAAGCGAUUUUGUAGCUUACGGUACGGGUCAGUUGAGAGGUCAAGCCAGGGAUUGGUGGGAUAAUAAGAAGAAGGAGAUUGGAGCUGAAGCUGUAAAGGCUAUGACGUGGGAUGAGUUUAAGGUACCAUUCCUUAAACACCAUAGUCCCAAGGCGGUCAUCAACAAAAUCAAGGAAGAAUUCAUCCAGUUAAGGCAAAAGGGUGAAUCAAUCGAUAAGAUCACGGGUAUCUUCCUUGACAAACUCAGAUUCUGUGAUGAGUUAGUGACGACCGAGGAACAGAAAAUAUACUACUACUACUACAAUAUGCUGAGUGCUGAAUAUCGGGAGUUCAUGACUCCCUCGAAAUACGAGACCCUCACUGAAAUCAUUAACACCGCUCGGGAGCGAGAAAUUGAAUUGAAGAAACAAGUAGAGAGGGGUGAACGAAGGGUGCAUGAUGUGAACCCAAGUCCUACGAAGCAGGCACAAACAACUGAAUCGGCAAAGAAGUCGGAUGUGAAGGACGGAUCGCCGAGUUGUAAGGUAUGUGGAAAGAGGAAUAAGGGCGAGUGUCGCUUUAAGGAUAAACCGUGUCCUAUAUGCGGAAAGACAGGGCAUACGGCUACGCUAUGCCCGGGGAAGGUUUCGGUUUGUUACAAUUGCUACCAACCGGGUCACAAGAAAUUUGAGUGCCCAUAG